UUAUAUCCUAAGAGCAUCAUUAACGCAAAGCCACUUCAGACAAUGCAAAACAUGUCUACUCCAAAAUCGCCUUCUUGUUCUUGACUCCUGGUACUUUACCGUUUGAGAAGCUCUGGGAUGAGUUCUUCACGGGUCAUGAAGGGAAGUUUUCUAUUUACAUCCACCGUCAAAGGAACGGCUAGUUCAUAUCAGUAGUCACUUUUCAGAUCGAGAGAUCCAUAGUGAUGAGGUCACUUGGGGUAGGAUCUCAAUGGUUGAUGCCGAGAAGAGGUUACUGGUUAGUGCUCUUGACGAUCCUGACAACCAACACUUUGUUCUUCUUCCAGAGAGGUGACCUUAAUGAGACAUGCUUUGUUGGAAAUGUUGACGAAGCAUCACGUCAACUGGUUAAGUGCACAUAUGGGUGCCUGGAGAAAGCCAUUGCAAUUGUUAAACCUGGAAUUAGAUUCCGUGAAAUUGGAGAGAUAGUCAACCGUCAUGCUACUAUGUCUGGGUUAUCAGUGGUACGAUCGUAUUGUGGUCAUGGAAUUGGGGAUCUCUUCCAUUGCGCCCCAAACAUUCCACACUAUGCAAGAAACAAAGCAGUUGGAGUGAUGAAAGCAGGUCAGACUUUCACAAUCGAGCCAAUGAUCAACGCAGGGUUGUGGCGGGAUCGAACAUGGCCUGAUGGAUGGACCGCAGUUACUGCAGAUGGAAAACGCAGUGCUCAGUUUGAGCAUACCCUCCUGGUAACGGAGACGGGUGUUGAGGUUCUAACGGCGAGGCUUCCUUCAUCACCAGACGUUUUCCCUUGGCUUAAGAAGUGAUUUUAAGUGUAUGGUUUGGUUCAUAAACUUUGGGAUAAUAGCGUGUCAUCUUUUUGCCCAUUGAAGACCAUUUGUUGUUGUUACAUUUGCUUUGUUUUUUGUUUAUGUAACUUUAUGCAGAAACAAACUGCGCCAGUGUUUUGAUUGAAAUGUAAGGAACCUACCUAUAUUUAUACAAUGGAAAGACAGUUUUUAAA